UUGUAGUUUUGAAGCACAUGAUGAAGCAAUGAAAAGCGUGUAGAUUUUGUGUCUCAGCCUGCACAAUCUCUGUUUUUGUUCAGUUCAGUGAGUACUGUGCAAGAAACCCAGCGGACCCACACACAGAGAGACAGACUGCGGACUAACACUGUGACUGUGAACAUGGCCUCCUCAGAGCUCGCACUUUUGAGUGUGUCGGACAAAACUGGGUUGGUGGACUUCGCCAACAGGCUGGUGGCUGUGGGUCUCUCUCUGGUCGCCUCAGGUGGUACAGCCAAAGCCCUGCGGGAUGCUGGACUGGCUGUCAGGGAUGUGUCUGAGCUGACUGGUCAUCCGGAGAUGCUGGGAGGCAGAGUGAAGACCCUCCAUCCUGCUGUCCAUGGAGGCAUCCUGGCCAGGAAAACCCCCACUGACACAGCAGACAUGGAGAAGUUGGGUUACAGCCUGGUGAGAGUGGUGGUGUGCAACCUCUACCCAUUUGUGAAGACCGUCUGUAACCCAGAUGUGACCGUUGAAGAUGCUGUGGAGCAGAUAGAUAUUGGUGGCGUAACUCUGUUGAGAGCAGCAGCCAAGAAUCACGCUCGGGUCACCAUUGUGUGUGACCCUGCUGACUAUUCGCUGGUUGCCAAGGAGAUGGAGAGUUCAGGAGACAAAGAUACGACUCUGGAAACACGCAAGACCCUGGCGCUCAAAGCUUUCACGCACACAGCACAGUAUGAUGAGGCCAUAUCGGACUACUUUCGUGGACAGUACAGUCGUGGUGUUUCCCAGCUGCCUCUGCGAUAUGGCAUGAACCCUCACCAAGCACCCGCCCAGCUCUACACCCUGCGCCCAGCGCUCCCCCUCAAAGUGGUCAACGGUUCCCCUGGCUUUAUCAACCUGUGUGAUGCUCUGAACGCCUGGCAGCUGGUCAGAGAGUUAAAGAGCGCCCUCGGCAUGGCUGCUGCCACCUCCUUCAAACAUGUCAGCCCUGCAGGAGCUGCAGUAGGAGUUCCUCUGACUGAGGAGGAAGCCAAAGUGUGCAUGGUGCAUGACAUGCUGAAGGAUCUCACCCCAUUGGCCACAGCCUACGCCAGGGCAAGAGGUUCUGACAGGAUGUCUUCUUUUGGAGACUUCAUCGCUGUGUCAGAUGUGUGCGACGUUCCCACCGCCAAGAUUAUAUCAAGAGAGGUGUCAGAUGGUAUCAUUGCUCCUGGUUAUGAUGAGGAGGCGCUCAAGAUCCUCUCCAAAAAGAAGAAUGGCAACUACUGUGUGCUUCAGAUGGAUCCAGACUAUGAGCCUGAUGAGACUGAGGUAAGAGUGUUGUUUGGUCUCUAUCUCAAACAAAAGAGGAACGGAGGGCUUAUCGAUAAGGAAUUCUUCAGCAACGUCGUUUCUGAGGGCUCUCUCUCUGAGGACGCUGUGCGUGACCUCAUUGUGGCCACCAUCGCCGUCAAAUACACUCAGUCCAACUCUGUCUGCUAUGCUAAAGACGGACAGGUUAUUGGUAUUGGUGCGGGUCAGCAAUCUCGUAUCCACUGCACACGACUGGCAGGUGACAAAGCUGAUAACUGGUGGCUGAGACAUCACCCUGGUGUCCUUAACAUGAAGUUUCGUGGCGGUGUGAAGCGAGCGGAAAUGGCCAACGCAAUCGACCAGUACGUCAGCGACACCAUUGGAGAGGGUCCAGACUUGGAAGUUUGGAAGUCCAUGUAUGAAGAGGUGCCUGAGCUUCUGUCAGAGACUGAAAAGAAAAACUGGAUCAGCUCCCUGAAGGCCGUGGCUGUCAGCUCUGACGCCUUCUUCCCCUUCAGAGACAACAUAGACCGUGCCAAACGGAGUGGUGUUGCGUACAUCGCAGCUCCAGCGGGCUCUGCUGCUGACAAGGUUGUGAUAAAUGCCUGUAAUGAGCAGGGCAUCACUCUGGUGCACACCAACCUGCGGCUCUUCCACCACUGAACACCUCAACACUUGUCCAGGUGUUUUAAACUCCCCUCACACAGUUUAGCAUUAUUACAGAGUCAAAAUCUUUUUCUAACAUUGCUGAUAUUCAAAACAUUCCUGCUCUCACCAUUCUGAUAUGUAGAAGUAAAAAGAAACGCACUGUUUUGUAACAAAUUAAUUGCAUUCCUGACUUGUGGUGCUAACAUGGAGAGAAAUACAGUAACUGUUAAUGUUUAUUCUAGGUCAGUCAUGUUGGGGUGUGAAAUAAACUGUUGAAGACCA